UUAUAUUUCUUUUGACUUUUGACACUCACGCAUCACACACACGCAGCGGAGGCAAACAGAGAAGGACAACCAACACACCCAACAGGGUUCAGAGCAGAUGAUGACGACUCGACUCCUUCGCUGUCACUAGCUAGCUACGAGAAGACCUACCAGGUACCACCCAUUGAGCCCAUCUUAGCUAUUCGAGAUAAAAAGAACAACGGACAAGGACUUCGAACCUUCUAAAGGCAAACACAAACAGCAUUCCUCUCAGCUCUACAAAAUGGAGCGACACAGACAACGAAGACGAAUCUGGCCAUCCGAUGCACCACCCUCUGCCGUCAUCAUGCCCCUGCUUCUAUAUCUCACAGUUCAUAGGCACGCUCAACGCAAUUUUGUCCAGGCAUUCACUACGAGAGAGACUCCCCACCCAUCAAGCUGCUGUUUCUUUGUUCACCGUCAACGGCCAACAACCUGUAGCCACUCCAACCGCCUGUUCAUACCAGUAGAAAUUAGAUAUCAAAACUACAAAACAGCAUCCCCUCUCUUUGCCACCAAGAUAGAGGAUGUCUUACAUGCAACAACAAACAAAACUGAAACACCCCAAAAACAACUGCCCUCCGGUAACAAACAGAUAGUGUCACAUUUGGAAAAUGAUGCCCACCUCAGCACAUUUGCAAUCAACAAUCCUACUUGGGAUCAGAAUAUUGCGGCAAUGCUGGAAUACAAAGAAAUCCAUGCCACAGUCAACAUCCCUCAGUACUCGAAAGAAUAUCCCAAUCUAGCAUUAUGGAUGAAAAACUUGAGGCAGGAUAAAGGACGAUUGACACAGGACCAGAUCGCUGACCUAGACGGUAUUGGAUUCCUAUGGACGGAUGCUCAUUUGGACAAGCAUGAGAGGUGGUGGAUGGCAAUGUUUGAGGCACUGAAGGAAUACAAGGACACUCAUGGACAUUGCAGAGUUCCUGUCGACAAAAGCAAACUCGGUGGAUGGGUCAAAACACAACGCCGUCAGUACACUACCGGCAAUUUCCGGAGAGACAGACAAGAAAUGCUAGAAUCCAUUGGCUUUGAGUGGAGGCUAAAAAGGUUUGUCGAGGUGAAGAAACCAGAACAUGAAACAUUGUGGAAUUUCCAAUAUGCCGCACUUUGUAAGUUCAAGGAACAGCAUGGUCAUCCCCGCGCUCCACGACCAUAUCCAAAAAUGAAGAACUGGGCCAUUGGGUCCACAAUCAGCGGAAUCGAAACAAAGAUGGCACCUUACGAAUUGACCGGAAAGAAAAACUUGACAAAAUUGGGUUUGUUUGGGACUUCGAUGAGAUUUUUGAAAAAUCUUGGCUGGAAAGCUAUGGGGAGCUGAAGCAGUGCUAUGCCAAUAACAGUGUUUGUGGUGUUAUCCUUCAUGGAUGGUCAACGGCUCAAAAGCGACUCUACGCAAAGGGUUCACUUGAACCAGAGAGGAAAACCAUGCUGGGUGAAAUUGGCUUUGAAUGGUGGGAAUGAUUCAAUCCUAAUUUUAAAUGGUCUGGGGCCUUUGCAACCUUCCAUGUUUCUAGAGCUAGCUAGCUAGAUGCUAUACAAGGAAACCUCAAGCUUGCACUAUUGGUUUUCAAAGUCAUCUGUGCCAAUUGUCAAUAUAGCAACUUUUCUACAUGAGGACCCGCCUACAG